AUGCAAUUCAUUGGCGAUGAAGCAUCAGCUAGGUGUCUGACAUUAGGUGAGGCUCUUACUGGGUCUAGAAGUUUGACCUUAGACCCGGCCGAUUGGAGAUCCGUUGCCAUGAACGUGGUUGAUGGAAUCAAACACAUGCACUCUGAAGGACUGCUUCACAAUGACAUCAAGAUGGACAAUAUAUUGAUGUCCUAUGACACCCCGACACAUCGCUGGCGUGCAUAUGUGAUUGAUGUAGGUGUGGCUACAACAACGAAUGCCCCAAGAAACUAUGUUCUAACAAGUGACGAAAAGAAAAAAUAUCGCCGGUUUCACGGCCACAUCGCUCCUGAAAUGGUCGAUAAUGCAGAGCACCAGUCCAUCCAAAGUGAUAUUUUUCAACUCGGCUACGUUCUCCAUAGCAUUGGCCAGUUCGGAGCAGUUCCAUUUCUAGAACAACUUGGUGACAAAUGCAAAUCACGAGAUCCUUCAGAGCGACCUGAGAUGACUCAUGUGCGUCGACCCACGUCACCGGGAAAAGUCACACCCAUGGCGAUCGAGGACGGUGACGGUGGUGGUAGUGAUGGUACCGGGCAGCGCGGUCGUAAGCCCCACGACGAUUUACAGCAAUCUCGGCUAAUGGUUAUGGUAGGGAAUCGUCUUGAGAAUAGUGGGGCUCACGGUAUACCGAAUAUUAAGAGGGCAGAGUCGACGAGGAGACGGUUGGCAUGGACUCUGCUUUUCCUGGCUGGACUUGGGAUGUUUAUAUACCAAGGCUAUGAACUUAUUAACAAGUACUACAGCUGGCCAAUCAACGUUAACGUCGAGGUACGCGACCUGCGGACGGCACAGUUCCCGGCUGUCACGUGGUGUAACCUAAAUCCAAUCAGAAAGGAUGCUCUAGACGACAUAUCAGAUCUAUGUGAACUCAUUGGAGGUCAAAAUCCAACUUGUAUGAAUAGCAGUGGACUUCCUGACGUCCCUUUAGUAGAUGAUGGAUACAAUGACUGGGAAACGGAUAACAUCAGCUACAGUACCGAGGAUGACGAUUACGAGACCUUCCAGCAGGUAACGGGAAUCGUGGGUGCCUUACCGUACGAAGAAAGAUCAACCACCGGGCACAAGCUCCAGAGGAUGUUACUCAAAUGCACCUUUCAGAAAAGACGCUGCUCACCAAUGAAUUUCACUACUUUUUACAAUUCCCGAUAUGGAAACUGUUUCACAUUCAACUCCGGCCACAAUGGGACCCCAAAUUUAAACGUCACAAAAUCUGGGCCAGCAUAUGGAUUAACUAUGGAACUCUACAUCGAGCAAGAUCAGUAUAUCGCCGAUGUGGAGACGGGUGCCGGUGUUCGUUUCAUGGUCCACAACCAGACUGACAUGCCGUUUCCUGAAGAUAAAGGGUCUAACGUUGCUCCAGGAACGGAGACAUUCAUUGGAAUGCGUCGGGUACUGAUUAAUAGACUCCCUGACCCAUACGGAAAAUGCGUCACAGAAUUCAGUAGAGACAACAUCUUCAAAAACAAAUUCCGACAUCUACAUUACACUCGGAAGGCUUGCGAAAAAGACUGUUACUUCGAAAAAGUGUUGUCUGAGUGUGGAUGUGCAGACGUCAGAUACAGAUACGAUGAUUGGGAAAAAGCAUGCAACUCAACAGUGGACGGCGAUUGUCUUGAAAGGGUUGAAGACAUUUUCACUUCCGGUCAGCUGGAAUGCAGUCAUUGCCAAUAUUCCUGCAAUGACACGGUCUUUGAACUGACUCACAGCAAUUCACAGUGGCCCAAUCGUAACUAUGAAGAUACAGUACUAGACAACAUACAAAAAGUGAGCACAGAUUUCGAGGACCUCAUUGCCAACAACUCAAACUUUGUACGGGACAACGUUUUACGAGUCAACAUUUAUUACGAUUCGUUGGACUACGAGGACAUCUAUCAAACAGAGGCGUACACGUUGAGCACAUUGGCUAGCGAUCUGGGCGGUCAAGUGGGCUUGUGGAUUGGCGUGUCUGUGUUGACGCUGUGUGAGAUAUUGGAGAUCGUGAUGGAUGUGGUCCUACUGGUAUUUCAUAGUUGCCAAGCUGGGGGACGGAAAAAAUGA